ACUGCACGUCAAACCUCAUCUCUCGGACUUCGCACAAAGACAAGAGAGAGAAGUGAGGUUUCUCGUUUCUCCUCUCUCUCAGUCCUCAGAGAGAUAUUACACAGAGCUAGCUAGUUACGUACAAAUGGAUGUCAGUCUUUGAACAACUCAAACAUUACACGGAGGAGAGAGAGAGAGAGUAGAGAGAGCACAAUUAAUUAAUUAGCUUAAGAGGAGGCUUCGAAAUGACAGAAAAAAUCAAUUCGGCACAGGCGUUACAUACAUCUCACGCGUCCCAAUUUCCUUUUUAAGCUUUGGUCAGAGUAUUUACUGUAUAGCUUAGUUACGCGUUAAGCUUAUCCUGGAAAUCAUCGCUUUCUUUGCUCUUUGUACACUCUUUACUCUUUUACUUAAAACUGUUGUAUUUCUCAUUAGUGUAUUCUUUAUUCUCACCCUUGUUGGUGGCUUUCCGGCGAGGGUGUGGCGGAGAAGAAGAGAGGGGGAGGAGAUGUCGCCGGUGGUGAGGAGAGAGCAGGUUCUGCAGGGUGUGCAUUAUCCAGCACCACUUGCCACUCACGAGGAGGUUGUGAAGGACGCUGUUGUUUUCUGGGACACUCUCCGGCGCUUCCAUUUCAAGAUCAACACCACCAAGUUUAUGGUUCCUGUGAUUGGAGGGAAGGAGCUAGAUUUGCACGUGUUAUAUUUAGAGGUAACAAGGAGGGGUGGCUUUGAGAAGGUAGUUGCAGAGAAGAAAUGGAGGGAAGUGGUAGGUGUUUUCAUGUUCUCCCCAACAACAACAAGCGCUUCGUUUGUGUUGAGGAAACACUACUCAACCCUUCUUUACCAUUACGAACAGGUUCACUUUUUUAGGACACAGGGUCCUUUAUCUACCCCCACACCCUCACCCUCAUCCUCAGAGAAACCAGGACCGGCGCUGGUGGAAUAUUCUCCCAAAGGUAAAGGUGCCAAAGGAACCAAACCCGUAAAUGAUUGUCCGGUUUCGGUCACUGAUGAAGGUACUGGAACAAUUGAUGGGAAAUUCAAUUGCGGCUAUCUUGUAACGGUGAAGUUGGGUUCGGAGAUUCUCAGUGGAGUACUCUACCACUCUAACCAGCAGACUCUAGCCGGUCCUCCUAAUCCAACUCCAUCCCCCGAACCUGUCAAUGCCAUUGUACCCUACACGUCCACAAGAUCUGGUCGUGUUGCAGGUUCGAGGAGGAGGAGAUCAAGGAGGAGGACAGACCCCAACCACCCAAAACCCAACCGGAGCGGCUACAAUUUCUUCUUUGCAGAAACGCAUUUCAAGCUCAAGUCCCUUUACCCAAACAGAGAGAGGGAGUUUACCAAGAUGAUUGGCGAGUCUUGGAACAAACUCCCUGCAGAAGAGAGGCUGGUUUACCAGAAUAUUGGGCUGCAAGACAAAGCAAGAUACAAGAGAGAGUUGAAAGAGUACAAGGAAAGUUUGCGGCUCAAGAUUCAGACAGGCCAUGGAAACUAAGUCGAUUCCAGCUCGAGUGAGCUUUUCGGAUGCGUGUAGAGAGUUUUAUGUGGUAGUUUAUGGUUUUCAAACAGAAAGUUUAUGCAAACCAUUUUGCUCUGAGACAUGAUCAAAAUCACAAUCUUUAGUUUCAAACUUUCAAUGCAAGAUGCACUUAGGAACUC